AUGUUGCGUUUUGUGACAUCUUUGGCUCUUUUGGCUUCAGCCGUCUUUGGUGAUGGCUACUGGGACAUUCAGCUUUCACCUGACAGCGUGGCCGGUGUGCCGUAUGGAGCGGGUCAUAUUUCAGUGUGGAAACACGCAACCAAAGACCGCUACUACGCAAUGCCACUGGGUUUGCUCCUCAAAGACAGUGCUGAAUGGUUUGAAAAUGUGCUGACAGGCCAGAAUGAAAUGUCCUUUGAAGUACUUCUGUGGUCAGAGGAAGUCAAGGAAGCUGUUUUCCGGUACAUACGAGAUAACAUCGAUCCUGAAGUUGAGAAAACAGACGUUGAGCUGAAACCAAUGGAGGAAAUACGGAUAGUGUGGAAAGCUGAAGCUAGAAAAAUAUCUGACAAUUUCAAGUUGGAUGAAAGUUGGAUAACCAACACCCAUCUACCCUCACUUGUGAAAUUUUCCUUUGUCUGUUCAAAUUCAGAAUCCUGUAAGAAACUCGAAGAAUCAAUGAAAACAUCGCCGCACAUGUUUGACUCGCUGGAGUUGCAGUAUGUAAUAAAUGGUCAAAAGAUAUCGCGAAGAACUCUGAAACUUCAGGGGUCCCACUUUGAGAACAGUAAAAUGUGGACACAGUUGAAAAACAUGAACACUGAAGGCCCCAUUAGAUACCUCAACUCGGAGGACUUGAAAAACGUGUCCACGGAAACCACGCAAAACAUUGUAGCGUCUGUCAUAACUGAUAAUGACUACGCCGACAGCGGGGAGGAAUUGAAACUUCACGAAGUUAUUGAAAAUCUGUUGCGCAAAAAUGAAAAAGAAACGACAGAAUUUGAUGACACUCAAUGGUCGUCUGUUUUUUGGAACCCCGAUUGGGCUCGUCCUGACAAGAUAGCGAGUUAUUUGAACAAAGUUUACUCCAAAGACGAAACUGAUGACUCUAUUUUCAGAGUGGACGAUGCAGAGGAUGACCAAUCUCUGAAGUUUGAAUUUGGGGAAUUCAACUUUGGUUUUGAUAACGACAAUGGUAAAAACAUAAAAACUGAUGAGCUGAAAAAACACCUGGAAGAAAAGCACUCUCAUGUUGAAUGGAAUGGUGAAGUGUUCACGGUCAAGCCAAUCAAAUUGUUCCGAAUAAAUUUAUCCGAGAUGAGUAGUAACACUACCUUCGCAACUGCAAACAUUCAAGUCCGAAACAUUGAAGCAAUUCAUUCAGUAAAAGUUUUGUUUGACAAUAGCUUGCCCGAACAAAACGCAACAAUUACUCCAACCCUUAUCAUGCAGAGGCUGACAGAAAGAAUGGACCGAUUUGAACAAGAAUUAAAUGCCAACUUUUCCCAGCUCGUCGCAAAUCAACAAACCGAAUUCUCCGAUGUGAUAGAUGGCGUCGAAGAAGCUCAAGCCGAUAUGAUCAAAACAAUUGAGCAGCAUGGAUUGGAACUUAAAGCGAAGUUCGACGAGCAACUGAAGUACAUGAUUGACCCGAGCAAAGCGGCGAACGAAACCAUCGCAAAAGUGAAUGGAUUAGAUGUCAAAGUGAAGGGACUGGAGACCAAAAUUGGGUGGACUACGAAAUCUUUCUGUUUGAUGAAAAAUGGCAACUGCCCUUCUGGAUUCUCGCAAAGAGACGUUCAUGCUGUUGGACUUCGGAGUUGGGGUGGUUCUGGACAAGGGGCGAAAGAUACCGGCGAAAUUGGCAGCUCCUAUCUCUAUGGAACAAAAAACAGUGUAACAAUGUACUUUGCAGUCUGCUGCAAGUAA